GAUACACUGGUGACGGACACAGCUGUACAGAUAUUAAUGAGUGUGAGAUAAACAAUGGAGGCUGUUCUGUGCAUCCUUUUCUUCAAUGCACUAAUACGAUCGGAUCAAGGAUAUGUGGAGCUUGUCCAGCAGGUUGUGGUGGUUUUCUGAAUGGAAACACCGGGACACUUAAAUUCCCUGAAAAUGGAGUGCACUACAUCCAUGUGAUGGGCUGCGCUUGGGUGAUAACAGUUGACGAUGAUAAGGUUGUGAACAUCACUUUUGAACAUUUCGGUUUAGAAAGCGGACUUAACUGUGAAUUCGACUUUCUGCAACUGAACGAUGGUCCGAAUGCUGCUUCUCACGUUAUUGGCCGCUUCUGUCAAGAUGAUUUGCAAAAUCGGAGUUUUGUCAGUACUCAUAAUCAGCUGUAUAUCUGGUUCCGGUCCAACAGGACUGUCGCCGCAACGGGUUUUUCACUCAACUGGACAGCAGCUGAACCCGGUUAG